ACAACUCAACACAACGAACCAUCAGAUAUCUCAUUCUUGCUUUCAAGUUGUUGAUACCAUCUCUCUCCUCGUUCCUCGAAGAAAACACUCUCUUCUUGAAAGAUGGCUGCUGUUCUGCACUCUGUUUUUGGGAUAUUUGGGGAUUUCACUGGUUUGUUCCUCUUCUUGGCCCCAAUGAUCACAUUCAAGAGGAUCAUUCAGAACAAGGGCACAGAGCAAUUCUCAGGCAUACCUUAUGUCAUGACCCUCCUUAACUGCUUGCUUUCUGCUUGGUAUGGGCUGCCUUUUGUGUCACCAAACAACAUACUAGUCACCGUGGUAAACGGAGUCGGUACAGUCAUUGAAUCCAUUUAUGUCAUCACUUUCCUCAUCUUUUCUUCCAAGAAAGAGAAGAUCAAGAUUCUUGGACUUAUCGCUGCCAUGCUCGCUAUCUUCGGCUCUGUGGCCUUAGUAUCUGUCUUGGCUCUUCAUCAUCAGAAGCGCAAGGUCUUUUGCGGUUUUGCUGCUGCAAUCUUCUCUGUCAUUAUGUAUGCUUCCCCUCUUUCCGUCAUUAGGCUGGUAAUGAAAACAAGGAGUGUGGAGUACAUGCCCUUCUUCUUGUCUCUUUGCAGUUUCCUCUGUGGAACUUCUUGGUUUGUUUAUGGCCUUCUAGGAAAAGACCCUUUUGUAGCUGUUCCGAAUGGUUUCGGAUGUGCACUGGGCAUAGUCCAACUGAUCUUGUAUGCAGUCUACUGCGGCGACAAGGGCAGCAAGAAAACUAGUGAUGGAUCAUCUCUGGAGAUGGGGCAAGGCAAUAAGGCAAACCAUGAUCAGAAGCAAGUGAGCAAUCAAGAAGACUCCAUGUAGAGCAAGAAAUGCAUGCAUGGAAAUUUCCAACUAUGAUAUGCUCUAAUUGGGCUCUAGUUGUCUUACUUUUCCUAGUUAGCUAGGUGUUUUGUUGUUGGUUCAAGAAGUGUGACAUUUCUAAACUGUGUUGGCAAGUGUAAUGUGGUAUACAAACAAAACCAGAAUCUGGUGAGUCCUUUUUCACAGGUUGCUGCAGAUUUGGGGACCAAUCUUUCUCUACUAAUUUUAGUUUACUGUUUGUUGCAA